AUGGAAGCAUUUGUAAUACUGAGAAAUAUUAUUAAACCAGAAUAUCUAAACUAUUAUAAAGAUUGGAUAUUUAUAGCAAGUUAAAAAGAAGCAAGAGGUUUAUAAUUAAUUGGUGCAAUUUAUAAAUAUAAAGGAAGAAAAUUAUUUAGGUAAUAUCAAUAUGAUAAAUUUAGAGCAAAGCCUCUAACAGUUUAAUUAUAAGAAUUAACAGAUUAAUAAGAAUUAAAGUAAAUUUAAAUCACUUAAUUUUGAUUAGUUUUAAAAAACUGAAGAAAUGCAUAGAAAAAAUUAAACAUCUACAACUUAUGGUACUGAAUUUGGAUAUUUAUACAACUAUUAAAACCUCAGAAUAAUGUGUUUAAAUUUAAAAAAUGUUCUGA